GGCGCGGGCGAAGGCGGCGACCCAGACAUCUGGGACUGUUGUUGUUCUCUCGCCUCACGCCCGCCUCAGUCAGUUCGAGCUGAGAUCCGGAGCUGGUGUGCUGGGAGGCGGGUGGCAGUCUCCGCCCUCUCUCCCGGUUCGCUGAAGCUGCGCCGGGAGCUGGCGCUGACUGAACGGGCGGUUGGUCGCCGAUGCCCUUCGCCGAGGAAGGGGCGUCUACACCCUGGUGAGCGCACCCAGGGCACCCGGACUCGGCGUCUUUACCCGCCCCUCGGGCCCGCAUAGCCGCGUUUCUGCCAUGGCUGAGAACGCAGAUGGUGACCUGAACUCUAACCUGCUCCACGCCCCCUACCUCACCGGGGACCCCCAGCUCGACACGGCCAUCGGGCAGUGGCUGCGUUGGGACAAGAAUCCCAAAACAAAAGAGCAGAUUGAAAAUCUCUUACGGAAUGGGAUGAACAAGGAAUUGCGUGAUCGUCUUUGUUGCCGGAUGACUUUUGGGACUGCGGGACUUCGAUCUGCCAUGGGGGCAGGGUUUUGCUACAUUAAUGACCUUACAGUGAUACAGUCAACACAGGGGAUGUACAAAUACCUGGAGAGGUGUUUUUCAGACUUCAAGCAGCGAGGCUUUGUUGUUGGGUAUGACACUCGGGGUCAAGUAACUAGCAGCUGCAGCAGCCAGAGGCUUGCUAAACUCACUGCUGCAGUAUUGCUUGCUAAAGAUGUUCCUGUUUACCUUUUUUCAAGAUACGUUCCUACACCUUUUGUACCAUAUGCAGUCCAGGAGCUCAAAGCAGUUGCAGGUGUGAUGAUUACUGCCUCUCACAACCGCAAAGAAGACAAUGGAUACAAGGUUUAUUGGGAAACUGGUGCUCAAAUCACAUCGCCACAUGAUAAAGAAAUUCUGAAAUGUAUAGAAGAAUGUGUGGAACCCUGGAAUGGUUCCUGGAACGAUAAUUUAGUGGACACCAGCCCACUGAAGAAAGAUCCUCUCCAGGACAUUUGCAAGAGAUACAUGGAAGAUCUGAAAAAGAUCUGUUUUCACAGGGACUUAAAUUCAAAGACCACCUUGAAAUUUGUACAUACCUCCUUUCAUGGAGUUGGACAUGACUAUGUGCAGUUGGCUUUUCAAGUAUUUGGUUUUAAGCCUCCAAUUCCCGUCCCAGAACAGAAAGAUCCAGAUCCAGAGUUCUCUACUGUUAAAUGUCCAAACCCUGAGGAAGGGGAAUCUGUGCUGGAACUCUCCCUGAGACUGGCAGAAAAAGAGAAUGCCCGGAUAGUGCUAGCCACAGAUCCUGAUGCAGACCGGCUGGCAGUGGCAGAACUUCAGGCGAACGGUCAUUGGAAAGUUUUCACAGGGAAUGAGCUGGCGGCUUUGUUUGGUUGGUGGCUGUUUGAUUGCUGGAAAGAACACAAAUCAAAUGCUGAUGUGAAGAAUGUUUACAUGCUAGCCACCACUGUCUCUUCUAAAAUUUUAAAGGCAAUUGCACUUAAAGAAGGAUUUCAUUUUGAGGAAACAUUACCAGGCUUUAAAUGGAUUGGAAGUAGGAUAAAAGAUCUCCUAGGGCAUGGGAAAGAAGUUCUUUUUGCAUUUGAAGAGUCUAUCGGUUUUCUCUGUGGAACCUCGGUGUUGGAUAAAGACGGAGUGAGUGCAGCUGUUGUUGUUGCUGAGAUGGCCUCUUUCCUGGAAACCAGGAAGGUAACCCUGACAGAACAGCUGUCGAAAGUUUAUGAGAAAUACGGUUAUCACAUAUCAAAAACUUCCUAUUUCUUGUGUUAUGACCCACCUACCAUCAAAACUAUAUUUGAAAGGCUUCGCAAUUUUGAGUCUCCAAAGGAAUACCCAAAGUUUUGUGGAGCAUUUGCUAUCUUGCACGUACGGGACAUAACCACUGGAUAUGACAGCAGCCAGCCCAAUAAGAAAUCAGUACUGCCAGUGAGUAAAAACAGCCAAAUGAUUACAUUUACUUUUCAAAAUGGCUGUGUUGCUACUCUUCGAACAAGUGGGACAGAACCAAAGAUAAAGUAUUAUGCAGAGAUGUGUGCAUCACCUGGCCAGAGUGACACUGCCUUACUAGAAGAAGAAUUAAAGAAGCUCAUUGAUGCUCUGAUAGAGAAUUUUCUUGAGCCCAGUAAAAAUGGACUGAUCUGGCGUUCUGUGUAGGCUAGGGCACAUCAGUACAUUAUGACUUUGCACUGACAUGGAAUGAAGAACUCUACACAGUGAACCUCAUGUUGGAAUUCUCCAUCUGCCAAGUUAACUUUCCCCUUUUCUUUCCUCUGUUCAGCUGGUUAAAUAGAUUAUAUACAUUUGAAAUGAAAAUGUUUGGAGGGAUAUGAGUCAAAUGUUUUCAUAGUCUUAAAUGACAGUCAUUACAGUGAAAGUGUUACAGUGGCACGCCAUUCCUCCUAUAUCAGAAACAAUACAAAAGUGAGUUUUCUUAUUAAACUGUGGUUAAGCUUAGUUACAUAUCUUGUAAUUGUGUAGAGCAUGGUUUAAAAGAAACAUUAUAUAACUUUAGGGCUAGUUAAGGAAAUUAUUUCUUAAAGAUGUGUGUACUGGGGGUACUGUUCCUAUGCAUUGUGGAAAAGUGUCAUUGUCAUGAUGUAGGUAUUGAUUUUCAAGUUAGAAACCCAGCUUGGUGGCACAUUCCUGUAAUUACAGCCCUCAGGAGGCUGAGGCAGGAGGAUCAUUAGUUAGCUUAUGGCCAACCUGGGAUACACAGUAAGACUCUGUCUCAAAAAAAUUAAUAGUUAUUUAGGUUUUCUGAUUUAGGACAGAUAUUACAGCCUGUGGUUUUGCACCUCUGUUUCAGGUGCCCUUGUUGUGGUGUAUAUUUACUAUAUGUAUUUAAGACUGAUGUUUACUGAACAUAAAACAAUAGUGGCAGCACUCCUAGUGGCUUUGUUCUUGUCACAUUUCUCAAUGCAUUCUCAGGGUCUGGUAUGAAUUAAACCAUGUCCUGCAUUGGAUAUGUCAUCGGUCCAUUUUCAGAUGGCUAAGGGAAAUCUUCCAAGCUGUAUAGGUACUUCCUCUACAGAAGACAGGUUUGUUGGCACUAAAAAUGGUUGUAGAAAAGAUCUUACUAAAAAUCUGGCCUAAUAUGCUUUUCUAUAGACAAUAUAAAUAUGAAAUGACUCUGUGGAUGCACACACCUAUCACCAAACUUGACAACUUGAGUUUGAUCCCUGGGACUCACAUAGUGGAAAGAGAGAGAGAGAACCAAAUCCCAUAAAUUUUCCUUUGACUUCUAUACAUUGUGUGUGUUCCCUGCCCCUAAAUAAAAUGCAAUCAAUUUUUAAAAAUCUGGCUUAAUGUAGCUGUAGUUGAGUCUUCGUGCUAGGAUCCAGUUAUUAUAGCCUGUAAGUGAAAAAAAAAUCUUUGCUGUGGAAUGAUCGUGGUAUUUAAUUGACAGUCUUUUUGAAUUACAUUUUUAUAAGUAGAUUUAUUCUUUUAUCUGAAAGUAAUGGUAAUUUUACUAAGAAAUGAAAUAUCGAGAUUUAAGUAUUUUCUACCACCUUGAUUCAAUACCCAGUCUCGUUUGAUCUCAGAAGAUAAACAAGGUUAAGCAUGGUUGGUGCUUGGUGGGAAAUUGUAGGUAUUAGGAAACACUGACAGUGAUGUUUAAGACUAAGGCCAGUUUGUUUUAGUGUGUUGCUGACUUUGAAAUUUCUGAUAAUAUAUUUUUCAUCCUUUUCAGUGUGAAAACAGGAAAUUCAUUUGUGGUUGAUUGUCUAACCUUCUGAAAUGCCCUAAUAGAGAAAUAUUGUCUAAGCUUUCCAAAUUGUUACCUCCCUACAUGGUUUACUGAAUACAUGCUAUAGUGAGGAUAACAGUAAUAAGGCCUUGGGGUGUAAUUGUUUAAACAAAAUUGCCUAUAGGAGACAGCACUGAUACUAAUUUAUUUCCUAAAAAUAAUAAUGUAAAGCCUAAACUGAUUAGCAUGUUAAAUCAUGGUUUGGUUUGUCACAGCUUUGAGCUAAUUUUGGUUGUAUAAUCCAAACAUAGUUUUCAAAUUAUGUUGCCACUAUUGUUAAUUUGUUCCUUCCUUGCUGUCUUAGAGCUGGGUCCUAUAUGACUAUAGAUAAUAGCUAGUUAAUGUACAGUGCCAUUUUUAUGUAUGAGUUUAUUUUAAAGGCUUUGCUGUAGAGAAGAAGUAUACUGAAUGUUUUGUUUUAUUCUUAAAAUUAUAAAAACAUUUUUGGAGUGUAAAUUGUAAUUAGGAAAUGGUAUGUAUUCUACAAAGUGGUAUAAUCAAAGCUAUAUAUGAGAAAACAUGUAUAUUCAGUUUUAGUGUCUGUGUUCCAGUGACCAAGAACAAAAUGAAACUUAAGUGAUGUGACAGCCUAUUCAUAAUCACAAAAGCCAUGCCAUGAUUGUCAUCCACUUACAAAGAGAACAUUUCUGCUUGAAUGCUUGAGCAUAUACAAGAUAUAAGUCAUCUUAAAGUGAAGUUACUGACAUUUGAGAUCUUACCUUGAAAAGCUAAAUUCCAGUUAUGUAUAAAGGUUCCCAAAGUGUAUAUAGGUUGAGGAAAAUUUAAUUUUGUCUAAAUUCUUGAAUCUGUCUGAGCAUGUUUAACAUGAGCUUGACACAGUGGGUGCCUAGGUGCUAACAGGAAAGGGGUGUCAGCCAGUGGGCCUCAACUUUGGCACUACAUUGUUCAUCUCUUCUCUUUUUCCAGCAAUAGUAUGGGAAUGAAUGUAUUUUCUUUGAGCAAACAAGUCAAAACGGGUAUUUUCUGGAGCGUUGAGGAAAAGAAUUAGGCUGAGAUAGAGUCCAGUGGUAAAGUACUUAUCUAGCAUGCAGAUAAAGCAAAGAUAGUUGCAAAGCUUGCAGUUGAUCUCUGGCAAUGCAAGGAGGCGAGGAGAUUAUUAUUGAUGGAGAAAAAUCAAAGAGUAGCGUAGAAAUUACAGCAAUGGUAGCAUGAGAAAUGCUUCUUGUGAAGCACAAACCAAGCACUAGGAAUGGUGGGGAAAACUGUAUGCCAGGGUAUUCACUUGUAUUUGUUAGGGUGAGCAAACAGCGAGCCUACCAUUUUCCUUUAGUAGUGAUCACUGAAAAGUAGCCCAGUUCUGGGAGGGGAGCAAAAAGCAUUCUUAUUAUGGAUUCCAGUCCUACUUGGAUGUUUUUUCAGAAUCACAUGAGAUCCAGAGAAGAUAAAGAACAAAAGUAAAAGAAAUAAAACUAAGGAUUGUAAAAUAUAACCUCUAAGAAAAAGUUCAAGGAAUCAAUAUCGUUGGACUCUGAAACUGAAAGCUGUUGAGCUCAUUAACUAAGUCAUGUUACUCAUUGAGGGUUUUACAGAAGGUAUCAAAGUAAGAAACACUAAUGGCAUCCUGAUGAUCUGUAGUGAAGACAACACAGGGAAUAAGGACAUAAAACGAAUAGACAAGACCUGUUCUUAAAACAAGAAAAGAAGACAUGGUGAGUAGAAGGGGACUAGUUGAAAAGAAGGGAGUCAGGAGGAGUUGGAGAGGGUUAAGAGAAGGGUAAUGGUGUGACUAUGAUCAUAAUACAUUUUAUACACAUAUGUAAUUGUGAAAUUAAUGAAUAGAAAACGUGAAAUGUUUAAGAGGUAAGAAUUUGGGGGUGAUCAUAAAACCUGUUUGAAACUUCCAUAUAUUUUAUUUAACUUUUUACACAUGUCACUCUCAGUUCCCUCUCCCUCCCCCCUCCCCCACCCCCCAAUCCUCCCAACUUCUCACCCUUAUUUAAAGAUUCCUAUAUACACACUUUAAAGAAUCAGGAUGGAACAAGACUUCCAUAUAAAGCACUAAUGGUGACUUUUGUGUUUUACUCCAUAUGUAGAGUUUGGCUCACAAAUAUCUUGUGUGUAUUUUAAAUGGUAGGUGCAUGCGUGCAGUGAUGGGUGUUCUUUUUAUUUACAAACUAUAUGAGACUUGAGCACAUUCAACGUUCUUCUGGGAGAACACACUGCUUUGUAAGAUAUUUGAGAUCUAUUGUAAAUAUAAAGUAUCAACAUUUGGAUGUAGUGACUUAAGACAGAUUCCAAGAGAUUGGAUACUUUAUGAUGUCUGCAUAUAGCAAGUAGGCCCCCCUUUCUUCAUCAAGAUGCUUCUGGAGUUGAUGCAACAGAAACAUUAAGUGGGAGUCUCCUAGAGAAGUGCAACAAAUGCUGCCACUGCUUCUGUUUCCAGACUUUUCCACUGGUAUUUCCAAAGCUUGAAAAAUACAAAUUCCACUCGGACACAGUUAAUUCUGCACCUUUCUGCUCUACCUCCCUCUUCCCUAGGCAUCUUUCUACCUUCUCUUACUGUGAAGUUGACGCACUACUACCCUGUUACCUCACUGAUAAGAAUGUUAACUGUGUUCAUUCAGAUGGCUUUAAACUUGGUCGUGAAAUGUUUGUUUAAAAACUGUUUUAUUGUUGUCAGAAUAUUUGAGAUGUGUACUGUAUGAAGUAACUUCGAUGUCUUUCAAUGCCUGUUUUUGGUUGCCUAUAGCUGAUAUUGCUGUGACCUUUUACUGUGCUUUUAUUUUCUGAGUUUGUUUUAGAAACUGAUGAAGUAACAAUUAUGCUAUCCAAAGUGGCAAAUUGGUCUAGCAUUUUAUUGGGGAUGGGGUUCACUGACUUUGGUCAGUCAGAGCACAAAACUUCGAGGAAAUAUUUUUUCAUGUUUGUCCAGAGCAUUUUAUAAUGAGCUGAAAUAUGUGUGAAGAGAGAGCUGGAUAUGUAAUCCCAGCCCUGGAGAGACUAAGGCAGGAGAAUUGCUGUGAGUUCAGAGUUAGUGUAGGCUUCAUAGAGAGCUCCAGAUUAAAAAAAAAAAACUAAAGCAGAAGAGAGUGGCAUAUUGUCUGACUCUUUGCAGAGCAUUGGUUUUAGUCGUAGUCAUAAAACAAAAUCAGUGUUAUUAUUUUUUACUAUUCACCCAAUUAGUACACCCAACAAACCAUCUUCCCUCUGUUAAUUGAAGGCUAUAAAACUUCAAGUCAAGUGACCAGAGUUUGCUUCCUAAAUUUCCUGUUAGUAGAACCCUAAAUCAGAGAAAUAUGAAAAUGUUGAGUAAUAGGGCCUUGAGAGCAAAACCCUUAGAAACCUACCACUGACGUGAGAGUCCCUGUUCUGUUUCUAAGUCACGAGGGAAUUCUGAAUUCUCUGCAGUAAAGUAUAAUAUAAAGAUUACACAGGGGGCUGGAGAUGUAGCUCAGUGGUGGAGAGCUUGCCUGACAGGUCAAGGGUCCUAGAUACAAUAUCCUCAGUACCAUAACAAAAAGAAAAAAGGGGGGGAAAAAGAAAAUGUCAGAAAGGAACACAAGUUUAUCAUGUGCCCCUAAAUUCCCAGUUCCAGUCCAGUUCCCCACCUGCAAUUGCUGCCUUUUCCUGGAAGGGCACACAGUGACCUUAUUAUAAUAUACAUUCUAGGUUAUUCUCUGCCUUUCUGAUCUAUACUUCCAAAGUAUCAGUGGCAGGUUAAUUGACCUGCAACGGCUGUGUUACCCUUGAACCUUACAACAUUGUCUGAUGUAUUAGCCAGUUGAUUCUGUUUAGUUCACUGACACUCCUUAACACACCUGUUAGCUGCCUGAGAGCAGAGGUCAUGCUUUAUCGUUUUUAAUGUCUACUCUGCUUAAUCUGGUAUCUCCUCUUAUGCAGUAUUUAACUGGUAACAAUAGCAGUUAAGAGGUUUUAUUUUAAAAGAUAAUACUCAUUAUUACUGAACUACACAGUAAGCGAUGUUUACUGAGCAUGCACACCCAUAAACACUCAGUGUCUUAGUUAGGGUUUCUGUCGUUGUGAUAAACACCAUGACCAAAAGCAGCUUGGGAAGAAAAAGGUUUAUUUCAUCUCAGAGCUUCUACAUCCACCAGUGAGGGAAGUCAGGGCAGGAACUCAGGGCAAGAGCCUGCUGGAACUGAAGCAGAGACCAUGGUGGAUUACUGCUUACUGGCUUGCUCUCCAUGGCUUGCUUGCUUUCUGAUAACAUCCAGGACCACCAGCCUAGAGUCCCUACAUCAGUCAUCAAGAUCCAAUCUGUGGGGGCAUUUUCUCAAUUGAGUUUCCCUCUUCUAGAAGGACUAGCUUGUGUCAUGUUGACAUAAACCUAUGCCACACACUCAGUUUCUUUGGGGAGUGCAAGGAUCUUUCCACAUGAAAACUAUCUAUAAUAUAUAGUAUGUGCUCACAAAAGAAGGUUUUGGCCAAGAAGGCUAAGAAUGUGUCUUAUGUGAUUUGAAUAUCACUGAUCUGGAUGCCAUUUUUUGAACCCAUAACCCCACCUUUCAAGUGAGUCACAUCUGAUUUGAUACUACUUGAUACAAUAUUAGGAUUUAUCAUGUGUGUUAUCAGAGUCACUCAGGCGAAAGGGGAAGGAUAUCUUCAUCUAUAUAUGGUGAGACCUUGUUAUCGGCUACAAUAAGCUCUUGGUGUAUAUGACAGAUAAAACACAGUAAGAAUGGGUUAAAUUUCUGAUAGUAGCUCAGAAUCAUGUCCUUGUUUUAACAGUUUCUGUAAACAUCCCAUCUUCCCAUGUAAAAAUAGUGGGGCAUAUUGCUAGCCUGUGAGAAUUUGCACUUUAUGUAUUUGUAUGUGGAUUUCUGUGGUUUUCACCAAAUGAGAUAUCCUCAGUAAUAAACAGGUCUCUUCAUA